AUGGACCUCACAUCUGGUGACGACGAUAUCGCCAUGCGUGACGGCGAUGUUAUUGCCUCGACGGAACCGCACAACCUCUUCUCGCAAUCGCUGGCGAACCUGUCACCUAAGUCGAACUUUGACGAUGCCUUCUUGACUGACACACAACCUGGAGAGGAGAAGCGGUCUGAGCCAGUCUUAAAAGGUGAAGGUCUCAAGCGAGAAGCAUCGGUUUUUGAAUACACCCUGACGAAGGACAAGCCAGCACCGCGGCCAGCCAAAUUCGCGCCAUUGCCAUAUGCCAGCUCCCAAACCGGACUUGUCUACGAUGUGCGCAUGCGCUUUCAUGUUGAGCCGGAGCAGAGCGAAGAUGACAUCCACCCGGAAGAUCCUCGCCGCAUUCACGCUAUCUUUGAAUCAUUCGCAGAUGCGGGUCUCGCAUGGAAGCAAGGUUCUCUUGAGCCCUCAAACGACUUCUACAUGGGCCGGAUAGACACUCGCGUCGUCUUGAAGCAAGAGGUCUGCCUUGUCCACACGGAAGAGCACUGGAACUGGGUUCAGAACUUGGUCCGGAUACCUGACGACGAGCUUGCCGAGCAUCAGCAGCACCCUGGCCAUAGGAUGGACUCCGUGUAUCUGUCUCGACAAACUCCUUUCUGCGCCGCGCUCUCGGCAGGUGGUGCUAUUGAGGCAUGUCGAGCAGUCAUGCUUGGAAAGGUCAAGAAUGUCUUUGCUGUGAUCCGACCCCCUGGCCAUCAUGCUGAACGGGAGGAUGCGAAGGGCUUCUGCUUUUUUGACAAUGUCAGCAUCGCCACGAAGGUCUGCCAGAGGGAGUUCGGUGAGCAAUGCCGGAAGGUGCUCAUCCUUGACUGGGACGUGCACCACGGCAAUGGCAUCCAGCAAGCGAACUACGAUGACCCAAAUGUGCUCUAUAUCUCUUUACACGUGCACGAGCGCGGGCGCUUCUACCCAGAGCUUUCUUAUCGCGACAGGCGACCACCCUACGGCGACCACGUGCACUGCGGUGAAGGUGCUGGUCUAGGAAAGAACGUCAACGUACCGUGGAGCAGAAAAGGCAUGGGUGAUGCGGACUACAUCUACGCCUUUCAGCAGGUGGUGAUGCCUAUAGCACACGAGUUCAAACCGGACCUCGUUAUCAUUGCUGCCGGCUUCGACGCAGCCGAAGGCGACAUGCUCGGAGGCUGCAAAGUGACGCCCGCAGGAUACGCCCACAUGACGCAUAUGCUCAUGUCGCUUGCCGAAGGGCGUUUGGCUGUUUGCUUAGAGGGUGGCUACAACCUGGAUUCCAUUGCGCGCUCAGCUACCGCCGUCGCCAGAACUAUGAUGGGCGAGCCCCCGGAACGACUGGUCAACACCAAUCCGACCCUGUCCGCUGUCAACGACGUCAAGACAGUCCUUCGCCAGCAAAGCCGCUUCUGGUCGUCGCUCUACCCCAAGGACAUGUCUGCGAAACUCGCGGGACCGCUUCAUGGUGUGCGGAUGCACGAAGUGGUUCGUCGCUGGCAGGCAGAGACGCUGUGGGAAGAGUACGAGAUGAUUCCGCUUGCGGUUCUCCACCAGCCUCUGUCCCAGCCGUUCAAGAACCAAGUCCUGGCUACACCUAAUUACACUUCUGCCCGCCCGCUUGUGGUCAUUCUGCAUGAUCCGCCAGAAGUCAUAGCUUCACCAGAUCCAGUGACUGGCAAGAUCGAGCUCCACAACACCUGGCUGACUGAUAUUGUGAAGACUUACGUCGACUGGGCCGUCAAGCAGGGCUUUGCCGUGAUCGACGUGAAUCUUCUAAAACAUGUGACAGACAUGGACGAUGGACAGCAGCACGAACCUAAUGACGCCACCGACUUCCGCACCAAAGAAGCCACCCUCCUCCUAAGUUAUUUGUGGGACAACUACGUCGAGCUGAGCGACUCAUCGCACGUCUUCCUAAUGGGCACAAACACCGGCCAUGGUGCCAUCAUCAAUUUCAUCAAAGCGAAUGAAGACCGCGCUAAAGAUCGGAUCACGAGCGCAAUCUCCUUCGUCGAAGAUGUCCCACUUCAGUCCUGCAAGUCCGCGACUAAUGACAUGCUGGCGUCGUGGUACUACACCAAGUCACUUGUCUUCGUCGCCAACGAUCAUAACUUCUGGCACAGCGACAUCUCAAAGAAGCCCAAGAAGCGCUUCGGAAGAGCGAGUCAGAGCGAUGUCGACUCCAUCACCGACAUGUUGAUGGCGCACAAGAAGACUGUGCAGGACCUCAUACUUCAGCGCACAGCAGAUUGGAGCGAUGAUGCUGGAAAUGAGGAAGAGGAUGGUGAUGCUAUGGACACUAGUAACUUCGAGGAGUUGUCGGGCACUCCGAAGUUAAAGCUGCCGCCAGUUGGAAACUUCGCACCAUCGCCGCGUGGCUCCGCCGCACCCUCUUCCGGUCUGGCACCAGGUAGUGCGGCUCCAGCCAGGCUCUCGCGGCACAGCAGCCCAACUAAGACUCCUCCCGUUGGGAAUUUCGCACCGCCAAAGCAAGGAGCGUCAAGAAGUCCGUUUCGAUGA